AUGGUUGAAUCACAGAUCAAACCAAAAUCAUUGGAAAACAGGAACCAGUCUCCAAGUCAAUCGCCAAAAAAGAGAUGCUCCGAUGAUAUCAAGCUCAGAAUUCAAGCACUUCAGGUGUCAGGCUGCUGCUUGGACGAUGACGAAGGUGACGAGACAACAAGCUUGGGGCAGACGCGCCGGGAGAGACAACGAGGCCAAUCUGCUGUCCCAAACGGCAGAUCUACUUUUGGCAAGAGCGACAAAGAAUGCAAGGACGAGUCCAACAACAAUGAUCAUCCCCUAGUACGCACUUCGAUCCAGCUUCCAUUGACUCCAAACAUUAUUGUUACUGCUGAUGAUAGCAUGAUCGACCAGGAUCCGUCGUCGCCAUCCUCCAAGCGAUCUUCCGUAUCCUUUGCCGACAUGACCGAUGUACGCUUCAUACCGCCAGUGUAUGAUGAUGAUCACGAUUCUUUGUAUUACAAGGAGGACGAACUCGCCAAUUUUCGUCAUGAAGCCUUUCUGGAAGAUUGCGGGUUGAGCCACAUGAUGACAUGA